UUCCUCUUCCAUUCGGUUUUGUUUUGAUUCAUCCACGUAAAAAAAUCUAAAAAAAAAAUUUUUUUAUUACUAAAAUCGAUAAUUUCGGUAAAAUGUCUCAACUUAUACAGUACGUGGUAGUCCGUGGCGAUCUCCUGAAGGUGCAAAAUUGGCCCCUGGGUGCUCUAAUUGCUCAAUGUUGUCAUGCGGCGACUGCUGUUAACCAUUUAUUCCGAGAUGACCCGACGACGAUGAAAUAUUUCGAGGAUUUGGACAAUAUGCACAAAGUUGUCCUCGAGGCUCCCGAUGAACAAUCUUUGACAAAACUCGCUCAAACUCUCACCGAAAACGACAUCAAACACAAAUUAUGGGUUGAGCAGCCCGAAAAUUACCCAACUUGCAUCGCCCUGAAGCCCUACGAGAAGGAAAAUGUACAAAAAUUCGUCAAAAAAUUCAAGUUAUUCAAAUAAAAUUUCGAAAUUUUUCAACA